AUGAAGAGGAAUAAGGAAAUACUUAUUAUUAGUGGAAUAUUCUUCUUAUUUAGACUUACGAUUUUCCUUGCUACAAUAUCGAUGGCUCUUACUUCUACUGCAACGUAGUUCUAAUUUUCAACUUGGAUAUAGAGAACUGCUACCCAUUCUGCCCACUUAAUAAUACUAUUACUCACGUUUAAAUUUCCAAAAUACUUUACGGACUUACAUUCACCAAUCUUAUUACUUCUUAACCUUUCAAGUCUUCUUCAUGUGUCAACAAAUCCAACUUCAAAAAUAUAAUUAGCUGGUAAUAUCAUUGGACUUUGCUUUUUCUUGACAGCCGGAUUGUUAACGAAUUCAAGAUGGAUAUUGACCUGUCCAGCCAUGAUAGCUACCACUGUGGGGAAAGUUUCAUAUUAUGCUAUCGAUUUAGAAAUUAAUGACUAUACUGUGAUGAUACAAUUCGUUGUAAAUCUUGGAUUGCUAUGUUACGCUUCGUACGCUACUGAACUGGGAUUAAAGACUUAACUAAUUCAAAUUGCCUAAAUAAGAAAAAUGAACGACGAUUUGUAGAACAUUCUUCUAAAUUUUCCAGAGGGAAUCAUACUAUAUAGUGACGAUUCAAAAAGUAUUAUAAUGGCUAAUUAGGAAUUAAAGAGAAUUCUAAAAUGCAAUAGCUUAAAUGAUGAUAUGAAACCAUUAAUAUCUAAAGUUUCAAAAGAAAUAUUGAGACCAGUGAAUCUACUUAAUUAAUAGGAAUAGAACAAUACUUUAAAUGAAUCAUAAUUAAAUAUUAAGUACAGUCUAGUGAAAGCCCCAGUAAAUUUUCAGGAUGGAUAGUGCUUCCUUGUUGACGACUUAGAUGAUGAUAUUCAAGGAGGUCAGCCAGAGAGCGCUGAAACAAAUGACUCAAUAGAAAAUCAAAAAGAAAUGAUAACAAUCAGGGAAAACAAGAUAUUUUAUCAGGAUAAAAUGCUUAGAAUGAUAAUGAUUAAAUGUCUCACUCCUCUAAUGAAGUAUGAAAAGCUAAAACUUGAAAAUCAUUUUUAUGAGAUGCUAACAGCAACUGUUUCUCAUGACAUGAGGACACCUUUAAAUUCGAUCCUAAAUCUAGUUGGUAAUAUAAGAACUCAAGUAUAAGAUGAAAGAGGCUUGAAACUACUCUAAAUAGUUGAGAACUCAAGCUAGAUGCUACUGUUUUUGGUUAAUGAUUUGCUUGACUUUACUCAAAUUAAAAACGGAAAAUUUAGGAAAAAUGAGUAAUUAGUGAACAUAAGGAAUGCUGUAUAAAAUGCACUAGAUGUUGUAAGAUUGGCUAUUUCUGAAAAGGGCUUGAAUUUAGAAUUUAAAUGCAGUGACAGAGUUCCCGAUGAAUUGAUAACUGAUUCCUAAAGAAUUAACUAGGUUUUACUGAACCUUCUUUAAAAUGCACUUAAAUUCACUCCAAAAGGUAUUAUAAGGGUUCAUGUUGAUUAUUAAGAUCACUCAGAUACUCUAAAAUUUUAAGUUAAGGACUAAGGAUGUGGUAUCAAGAGCGAGGAUAAAAAAAAGCUAUUUACUUUAUUUGGAAAAUUGGAAGCAACAGCUUAGAUUAAUACUUCGGGAAUUGGCCUUGGUUUAAAUAUAUGCAAGAAAAUAGUAGAACUAUUUGGUGGAAAUAUAUCUGUUGAGGACAAUGUAGAUGGAAUAGGAAGUACUUUUGCAUUUUCGAUUAAGUGUAUUACAAACUAUGGUAAAGUAUAGUUUUAAAGUCCUUUAGAGUCAUAGAGAUCGAAUAUGAUAUUUCCACUUGAAGAGGAGGAGAAGCAAUAGUUAAUUGAUGAUCCUGGAUAAAUAGUCAUUACUUUAAAUGAUGAUUCUGACAGUGGCUAGCCUAAUUUUGAGGAAGCCAAUGCCAAUAUUAGUAAUGAUUACAACACAGACAGCAAUUUCAUAUUCUCAGAAAUUUAAAAAAUUCAAGGACAGACCCUUGCGAGGAAAAAAGAAAAGGAACCAGCUCUACUAGAGAAGAAAAAGAGUUCUUAAUUGAAAGUAGGUGGAUGCAACUGUUAGAGCCUGCUGGAUGUUCUUGUUGUUGAUGAUAAUAUAUUCAACAUUGUCACUUUGUAGACUAUUUUAGAGUUUUAGUAUAAUAUUCGUUCAGAUAAAGCUAUGCAUGGCUAAGAGGCACUUGAAUUAGUCCAUAGCCGUUACGAUUAAAGCAAUAACGUUUCAUGUUAGUGUUAAAAUGACAAGAGAAAUUAUAAGAUUAUAUUUAUGGACUGCAAUAUGCCUAUUAUGGAUGGGUUUAAAGCCUCUUAGGAGAUAAAAAAGCUAGAUACUACUAAUAACAAUCAAAUAUAUAUAGUUGCCUUAACUGCCUACACAACUGAAAACUUCAAGGAGAAAAGCAUAGAGUGUGGAAUGGAUCUUUUUAUCAAUAAACCAGUAAAUUCCUUUUAAAUCAGUAAAAUUUUGAGAGAAAAAGGUUUAUUAUGA